AUGGCAGAAAGAAUCAAGCUUACAAGAAGACGACAGCAGACGACUAAACCAUUGCUGGAAAGACAAAGAAGAGCGCGGAUAAACCGAAGUCUUGAGGAGCUCAAAAGCUUGGUUUUGUCUGCCUUGUAUCAUGAUAAUGAUCACAACUCCCAAAAGAUGGAGAAGGCCGAAAUACUGGAGCUCACCGUGAAUUUCUUAAAAAUGAUCCGAGGGCAACAAUUGACCGGUUAUUGGAACAAUCCGCAAAGUGAGCCGGAAUCUCAGCAUAGCAACAAUAGAGCAGGAUUAAACGAGUGCGCAGGUAGAGUGCGCAGCUUCGUGGAAAACCAACCUGGAGUGAAUCCUAAACUGCAGGAACAAAUACUUGGAAGUCUGGCGGCGUCUUACAGCUUCAAUUUCCACACUAAUCAGACACUAGUCAACAAGAGCACCUCCGUGUCCUUCCCUCCUGGCCAAGCAGUGUACGUUAGUGGCUUACAAACCACUGCGGAGUCGCCGUGUACCUGUGCCUUUACACCCCCGCCAUCUCCGCCCCUGUCAAGUGCAUUCCGCCCGUAUGACCGCCGUGAAACUACUACAUUGACUGACGCGAGUGGCAAUUCACCAGAAAACUGUUAUUCAACGGCUGACAUCAAAAGAAGCAUGGAAGAGCCAUGUAAACUCCCGCUCUGGAGGCCUUGGAUUCAGUCUUCACAACAAGGACAAAUUUAA